CCUCCUCGUCUCAUUCAGCAACCCUCAUGAAGAUUACGUGUACCAUGCAAUAUUGAGAAAGUAGCCAAAAUGUGAACACCAGCUUUCCAUAAAAACCAGUAUUUUCUUUUUCUUUUUGAUGUUGCUUAUAUUUUUGUUUACUCGUCCUUUUAAAGUCUACAGUUUUCAUCGUGCUCUUUCCAGGGUCUCAACUUUUCCCUUCUGUACACUGUUUGCAAAUUUCUACCGUCACUUACGCGUUUGAAAAUAUAUCAUGUUUCCCAGGCACUUUGUGGCAUGUACUUUGGCAAUCGCCUCCUGGUUUGUUUCCUCAGGAGAAGCUACCACUGUGUUAUCAACAAUUCUUGUUAUUGCCGGUGAUAGUAGCUCCGCGGCCACCGCCAGCUCCGGGCUAAAUGGAUAUGGAAUACCAUUCAGGACUUUGAUUGUUCCUCAAGCAGGAGUUGCUUUGCCGGCUCUAAAUACCAGUGCCGGUGGUAACUUCGGCGGUAUUGUUGUUGCUUCUCAGGUCAGCUAUGACUACGGUGGGACAACUGGAUACCAAAGUGCUUUGACUACCGACCAAUGGAACCAACUUUAUUCCUACCAAUUGACAUAUGGAGUUCGGAUGGUUCAAUAUGAUGUAUAUCCAGGCCCUGCGUUUGGAGCAACGGCUCUCGGUAGUUGUUGUAAUGCGGGAGUUGAGCAAUUGGUUUCUUUCACAGAUUCGACCGAUUUCCCUACAGCUGGUCUUCGUACAGGUGCUGGGGUCAGUACUCAAGGCCUAUACCAUUAUCCAGCAACCAUCUCCGAUAACUCCACCACUAAAGAGAUCGCCCAGUUUGCGGCCGACUCCGCUGGACAGUUUCAAGGAACCAGCACUGCUGCUGUAAUUAGCAAUUUCGCUGGUCGUCAACAAAUGGCUAUCUUUACGUCUCUCGACACAACCUGGAGCGCUACAUCCAACUAUUUGCAGCAUGCAUGGAUCACAUGGAUUACUAGGGGAGCCUAUGCCGGUUAUCGCCGCGUUAACUUGAACACACAAAUUGACGACAUGUUCCUCGAGACGGACAUCUACUUACCAAAUGGUACCACUUUCCGCAUUCUGCCGGCUGACCUGGAUGGUAUUAAGGCAUGGAUCCCUCAAAUAAACGCCAAAAUGAACCCUGGAAGCGACUAUUUCCCCGAGACAGGUCUCAACGGGAAUGGAAAUAUUGAGUAUGGUGCUGAUGUCAACGAGAGAACUUGUAACGGUGGCGGCAUUGAGUACGGGGAUGUCCCAGAUACACCUCUCGAGUUUAAGAAGCCUCCCGGAACGGGCACAAACCUAUGGCCUAGCACUCCUACAACAUAUGAUUGGAGUGUGGCCUGUACAAAUCUGGAUCCGCUGAAGACCUGGUGGUCUAAUGUUAAUAACCGUGAUUCAUUUGCCACUAUAUCACACACAUUCACUCAUGAGGAACAAAAUAAUGCUACUUACUCUGAUGUAUACAAGGAAAUCUCAUUCAAUCAAGCUUGGUUGCAACAGGUUGCCAUCUCAAAGAGCUCCAAAUUCACAUCAAAUGGAAUUAUUCCACCUGCUAUAACUGGUCUGCACAACGGUGACGCCUUACAAGCUUGGGCCGCUAGAAAUAUUACCAAUUGUGUUGGUGAUAAUACACGCCCAGCAUUGGUGAACCAGCAAAACGGAAUGUGGCCAUAUAUUACAAACUUUGAUUCUGACGGCUACACCGGCAUGCAGGUAAACCCUCGCUGGGCUACUAGAAUUUACUACAACUGUGAUACACCUAAUUGCACUACUCAAGAGUGGAUUAACACAUCUGCUGGUUCCGGCGGUUUUGAUGAUCUUUUAGCACAGGAGAAGGCCGAUACCAUGCGCCACCUUUUCGAGCUCUCUCGUGCACCAUACAUGUUUCACCAGGCCAACCUCCGCAAUUCGGAUGUUAGCAACAUCAUAAUCAAUGGAGUUUCCGCUAAGAUCUCAAUAUUCCAAGCGUGGGUUGAAACCCAGGUCCAGGAGUUCGUUCGUCUGGUCAACUGGCCCAUUAUUACCUUGAAACAUCAAGACAUGUCUGAUCAAUUUGCAAAACGGAUGGCUCGGGAUGCUUGUGGCUACGGUCUGAGCUACACAAUCUCGAACAAUCGAAUUACCGGUGUUACGGUCACAGCCAAUAGUAAUAAAUGUGGCACACCGAUUCCAGUCACUUUCCCUGUUGCUCCCACCAGCACCAAUGGUUAUACGACAGAGAAAGUUGGCAGUGAUCCACUUACGGUCUGGGUUUCUCUUAGUGGAUCACCGGUCUCAUUUACAUUUUCUACACCUAUCGCACUUUAGGUGGCAGAUCUAUCUAUAUCUUCUUAGAUAGAAAAUCGGUCCUACGUGUUUCGAUUUACGUCUGGAAAAUUAAUCUAGCGGAAGCUAUGUAAUAUUCAGAAUAAUAAAUAACAAGCUCAACCAUAUAUUAACAAUUACUUGCUUCUCA